GCGUUGCAGAGAGGAAAAGUACCCCGUGCUCAGCCCCUCUGCAGCGGGGCCGGGCGGGACGGAGGACGCUCCGCUGCCUGGUGCCAAGGGGUUAAGCUCACAGUAAGUUCCCAACGUCGGUUGCUUCCAACUGGCUGCUGCCUGCGGUUUGUGGGAAGGGAUUUUGUUUUUUAAUAACAUUAUAAAUAGGGCUGUGUUCAGCAUGCUGCAAACCCAGUCACUCUCUCUCUCCCAACCAUCUCUCUCCUCCUCCUGCUGCUGCUGUUUCCCUUCCUGCCACACUAAUUCCAGAUCUGACCAUGAAUCGGUCAGGCUUCUUCCUCAGUGUCCUCAGCCUCCUGGCGUGCCUCGCCUCCGUCCUGCAGGCAUGUCCCCCGAGCUGCCACUGCCACGGCGGGGACCUGCAGCACGUCAUCUGCGACAACGCCGGGCUGCGCAAGAUCCCCAAGGUGCCCGAGCAGACGCGGCUCCUCAACCUGCAGAAGAACAACUUCCCCGUGCUGCCGACCAACGGCUUCCGGGACAUGAAGAAGCUGGUGUCCCUCCACCUGCAGGGCUCGCGCAUCAAGGAGAUCUCAACGGGAGCCUUCCGCGGGCUCAAGAGCCUGGUCUACCUCUAUCUCAGCGACAACCAGAUCAGCGUCAUAAAGUCGGGAGCCUUUGACGACCUGUCUGAGCUCACCUACCUGUACCUGGACCAGAACAAGAUCCCAGACUUGCCCAAAGGACUCCUCUCCCCUCUGGUCAACCUGUUUAUCCUGCACUUAGGCAGCAAUAAAAUCCGGGAGCUGAAACCAGGGGCCUUCAACGGUGCUAAAGACCUGCGCUGGCUCUACCUCUCCGACAACUCCCUCACCAACCUCCUGCCUGGGGCACUGGAAGAUGUGGAAAACCUCGCUGUCCUCCACCUGGACAAGAACCAGCUGAGCAGCUACCCUGUGAACGCAAUGAGCAAGCUGAGGGUGCUGGAGGAACUGAAGCUCUCCCACAACCCCAUCGAGGUCAUCCCUGACAACGCCUUCCAGUCCUUCGGGCGCUACCUGCAGACCCUCCACCUGGACAACAUGAAGCUGCAGAAGUUUGCAGAGAACGCGUUUGCCGGCGUGACGGCGCUGAAGACGGCGCACCUGGAGAACAACCGCCUGAGCCAGCUGCCGCGCAACUUCCCCUUCGACAAGAUGGAGACGCUGACGCUGUCCAGGAACGCCUGGCACUGCAACUGCCAGCUGGCCCAUCUGCGCAAGUGGCUCAAGGGCAACCGCACCCGCGCUGACGAGAGCUGCUCCACGCCGGCGCAGUACCGGGGACAGCCCAUCCGCGACACCGCCGCGCUCCGCACCUGCAAGCUGCCCACCAAGAGGUCCAAGAAGGGCAGCCGCCACUAAGCACCAGGCCCUGCUAUGGCCUGUCCUGGUGACUGGUCACUUCAACCAUCAGAAAACUACUGACUUGUUCUGAGUCCUUCCUUAAGCUUCUCCUACCUGUCAGGAUACGUUUCUGAUAUAUCCAAACACCUCCAGCCUCCUCCGAAUCCCCGCUUCUCUGCUGAUUGCAGGAUGGAAUCCACCUUUUCAAUCUUUUUCGACAUCUAUAUAUUUUAAAAGAGGCAUUUUUAAAAACUAAACUAUGCAUGACCAUACUAAGACAAGCUAACCUAGACAAUGCCGGUAAAACACAGUCAUCUUUCACAGAGGCAGCCGAACCCGCAUCCCUGAUCAACCACGUUGUCUCUGUCUCUCCCCUUCCAACAGAGUGGAAGUGAGUGGGGAGGUAGGAGCAUUCCCCACAGCCC